GCCAUCUCUAUGAUUAUCUGCCACCUGUUUGAAGCUGUUCCUUUCUCUCCAUGCUUGGCCAGUGCCACACUGACCAGCCACACUCACCUGACCCUGUCCAGCCUCACCUGUCGUGUUUGUUGGAUCACCUGCACUUUUUGGUCAUUAAAUCUGUUUGUUUUUUCAACCUCUUCCUGUUCACAUGUCUGGCAGUCUGCAUUGACAGCCCUUUUAAAAGCCUGCUCAGAGGCUAAACUGAAAGUGUUCUCUGUACAACAGCUGAUGAAGAUGUUGCCUCUCCUGAUACUGGCUGGUUUGCUGUUUAAAGCCUGCACAUCGCAGAUUACUGGUUAUGGAAAUACAACAGCUGACUAUGGCAGCGAUGCGUAUUACAGAUGCACAGCCAACCCUACAGGUGUGCUCCAGGUUACAUGGCAGAGGCUUUUCAAAGACGACUCCAUUGAGAAUCUGGCAACCUACAGCAAGCGGUUUGGACAGCAAGUAAAUGAGCCUUACAGAGGGAAAGUGAUCUUCACAGAGGCGUCUCUCAACUCGACGUCGAUCACUCUGGCGAAUGUUACAUGGGCGGAUGAAAGCUGUUAUAUUUGCUCUUUCAACGUGUAUCCCGAUGGGUCCAAAAGAAAGCAGACUUGCCUCACGGUGCGAGGGAUAUCCAGGUUUAAAACAGAAGUGCAAGUUCCCAGCAGAGAACAGGACGACGAAUACGUGAAGGUUGUGUUCAGCUGCUCUGCUACAGGUAAACCAGCUCCAACCAUUCAGUGGGACUUCUCACCUGGUGCCACCCCGGCACACCAGCCACGGACUACUACAGUAACAAACAGUGACCACACUUUUACCAGCAGCAGUAACAUCACUCUGCAAGUGCCCCCAAACUGGAAAGGAAAUGUGGAUUGUCUUCUGAACACUGGAGUGACGGGACAGAGGCGGGAGAGGAUUCCCUUUUCUUUACCUGAGGAGAAGGAGAAGGAGGAAGAUGGUCUAACCUCUGUGAUAGAAACCCAGCAGACUGUGAUGGCAGCAGUGGGAGAAGAGGCUCAGUUAAACUGUCAGCUGAUGCAAUCUAAAGAUGUUCUGCAGGUCACAUGGCUGAAAAUUUUACUUGAUGAGGAAAAGAUUCUAGCUACUUACAACAACAACUUUGGUCAAACGGUGAAUCCUGACUUUAGUAACAACAUUGAGUUUAAAGCUGGACUACAGAACAGCUCCAUAGUCAUCAGGAAGGUGACGGAGCAGGAUGAAGGAUGCUAUCUCUGUUUGUUUAACACCUACCCUGAAGGAGCUCUCACUGCUACAACCUGCCUCCUACUCUAUGAGCUGCAUGAACCUAUUCUCCGUGUUGGAGAAUCCAUCUCUCCUGAAGAGGCAGUAGUGUCCUGCUCGGCCACAGGUCGACCUGCUCCCACAGUUACACUGACUGUCCCUCACCACAACUCUUCCAGGGUCACCAACACCAACGGUACAGUCACUGUCACCACUACAGCUGUGCUGCCUCGUCUCCAUGGCAACAGCACACAGGUUGGAUGUGCAAUGCGAGUGCUCUCUGGUCCUCAGAUAGAGGUGUUUACCAUGAUUCCUGAGAUCAGACAGCUGUCUGCUGAUGAUUUCACUUUGAUCCUUGUCUUGUCUGUGGUAAUGGCCGGUGUUUGUCUUGCUGUAAUCAUCACCGUCUGGCUCAAAAGAAAACAUUGGAGCCGUCUGUCACACAGGGACUCUGAGGAGAACAAGACACCACAGAAAACAGCUAAAGAUGAUCAUGAGCCCAAAACACCUUUAAUGAGUCAAGAGAAUGAGGUACGGCAACGGGUGUCUCCUGUGAAAAAAAAACAUCACAUCCCCCCUAAAGUAUCAUCUCCAACAGUAAGAUGCAAAUUAUUUUGUGAAACAGAAUAACCCACAAGGCUGAAGUCCCUGAAUGAAGACAGACUUGAACAAAACUGCCUCAAAGCCUAAAAACAUGUCUAAGAUCAAUUUUCCAAUACGACCCAGAGGACAUGUCUGUCCUGGUUCAUAGAUAAGGAUUCCAGCAGAUCAAAGAGAUUCAUGAACACCGUAGAUUUGGUGUUAAUGUUUUCAUACUUGAAUUUUUUUUUUUAGCAUUUGACCUAUGUUUUUAUGUAAGCAUUUUGUAACCUCUGUAAUAUAACUCAUUUGAAAAUUUUACACCAACUUACUGUUAUAUAUAUGUAUAUAUAAAUUCACUACUGCUUCUUUUUGUUUUGUUUUUCACGUGAACUGAAAUAUGGCAAAGAUGAAAUUGCAGGGAACUGUAAAUAUGCUGAAUAUGAAUAUAGAAUGUGUAUAAAUCUUGUGUCAAAAGAGCAUUUAACAAAAUAAAAAAAGAAUGUCUUCAAAACACGUCUCAAAUCAAAAUGAAUGUUUGUGUCAUCUAAUACGCAAAAAUGUGGCUCAUAGGUGCUACUGUGGGCAUUGAAUAUAAUUCAUGUAGAUCAUUACUUUCUUAAAGGAACAUUUCACAAAAGUAUUUUUUGGAAGCUCCAUGUGAUGAUCAAAAGAAUGUACUGCAUCUCCAAUAGAGCCUGUUCAGUUUUUUAGUCAUUGCAAUAGUUCUGCUGUAAUCAUCACUGUGAUGCUUAUUCGAAAACAUAGGAACCACUAUAGAAAUAAUUGAUAAAUGUUUGUUCAGCAUUUACUUUUCUUAACUCCUUCAGUCUGUCACACAGGGACUCUGAGGAGAACAAGAAGAACAACACAAGCAUCCAAGAACCUGAUGAGGUCCAUACGUCUGUAGUCACGCAGGAUAACAAUCAGAUCAGAAAACAGACACCUCCUGAGAAAAGUCCGACAAGUGACAAGCCAGAGAAGUCACCUUCAACAGCAAGAAGACUUGAUUUGGAUCUGUGUCAACAAUGUAACACAGAAUAACCCUCAAGACUGCAGCACCAGUACUCAGACACUCAGACAUAAACUAAAACACGUGAGUUUACAAAAAAUAGGUUUUAUAUUUUUUAUACCGUUCCAUGUAUAUAGGAUCUUUUUAAUAGCAUUUCAUUAUCAUUUUUAUGUUUUCACAUUGUUUGUAUAUUGUUCCUUUAUUUAAGGAAUGUUAAACAAAUGUAUAAAAAUUUGAUGCAAAAAGGUCACUUAAAAUCUUUGCACUGACGUAAUAGCCUACAUUAAUGUUUUGCACAGCAAAUGUAUUCAUUUGAUGAAAUUAUCUAUACAUUUUACAGGUG